UAUCUGUAUGAUUAGAAUUUAAAAGAAAACAACACAAAUACACUGUAGUUGUCUACAGUGUAUUUGUUAGUGCUGAUGAAUCUGAAACAGUGCAUUCCCUGAAUAUCACAACAUAACCUCAUAAUGAAAGUGUUUCAAGGAAAGUUGAUGCAAUAUAUAUUGAAAAAUACAGUUAGAACAGUUCAAUAUAGGUCCUUCACAAAUGUUUUGUCUGGACCAUUCAAUUAUGUGGAUGGUAGCAAGGUGACACCUGUUGAUUUUGAAGAUAAUAUUGUUGUUAUACAACCUUCUACCGGUAAAAGGUUAUGUUGCGUUCCCGCAUCGGGGUCUAAAGAUGUUAAUCAUGCUGUAUUAGCAGCCAAACUUGCAUUUAAGGAAUGGAGCAGGCAAUCUAAUACACAACGAGGAAGAUUAUUACUGUCGGCUGGUAAAAAGAUUCGAGGUAACUUAGAAUAUAUAUCUCAAGUAGAGGUUAGUAAUAAUGGAAAACCUAUAUGGGAAGCCAGAGUGGACAUUGCUUCUUGCGCUGAUGCGUUUGAAUAUUUUGGAGGGAUAAUAGGUUCUUUAACUGGUCAGCAUGUUCCGUUUCAAGGCAAUUCGUUUGCUAUUGUUAGUCGGGAACCACUUGGUGUCGUUGGCGGAAUUGGAGCCUGGAAUUUCCCUUUGCAAACCUGUUCUUGGAAGGUGGCUCCUGCCCUGGCCUGUGGAAAUACAAUGGUUUUCAAACCAUCUCCAUUGACUCCUCUUACAGCUAUAAUAUUGGCUGAAUUAUUGGAAGAAGUAGGCUUCCCCAAAGGGGUAUUCAAUGUUAUUCAGGGAGGUGCUGCUACUGGAAAUGCUCUUUGUAGUCAUCCUUCGGUAGCCAAGGUAUCUUUUACUGGUUCUGUGGAUACUGGAGUAAAAGUUAUGAAAGCAGCUGCUGAUGGCAUAAAAAAAGUUACUUUAGAACUUGGAGGGAAGUCUCCAAUCAUAAUAUUUGAUGAUGCAGAUAUGGAAAAUAGUGUGAAAGCCACAUUAAUGGGAAAUUUUCUAUCACAAGGAGCAGUUUGCUCCAAUGGGACAAGAGUAUUUGUGCAUGAAAAAAUAGCUAGUUCUUUUCUUGACUGUCUAAUAGAAGCAACAAAAAAGCUGAAAAUUGGAGAUCCUUUUAAAGAAGAUACCACUGUUGGCGCAACUAUCUCAAAUGAUCAUGCUAGAAAAGUUUUGAGAUAUAUAAAAAAUGCAAAAAAAUCUGGUGCAGUUGUUGCAUAUGGUGGUGAAAUAGUUACUUUACCUCCUCCUCUGAACGAAGCGCAUCAUUCUUCUUCAUCUGCCUCUACAUUCAUUGAUAUACAGAGAGCUAUGAGAGUAAUUCGCCAACUUGAAGCUGGAACCAUAUGGAUUAACAAUUAUAAUAUAUAUCCCCCAGAAGUGCCAUUUGGAGGUUACAAAUUUAGUGGCUUGGGGAGAGAAAAUGGUACUGCAGUUUUAGAGCAUUACACUCAGCAAAAAACUGUAUAUAUGGAGGCAGGAAAUGUUGAUUGUGGGCCACUCUAUCAAAAAUAAUUUUUUGUGAAUUUUUAUUAUUUCACUUGUUCAUUAUUAAUGAUUUUUUCUUUUUGGUUCAUGACACACCCAUAACACAGCAUGGACACUUGAAAAAGCAAACAAGCCAACAUUUCCUAUUAAGUUAAAAAAAUAUUAUUGACAAAACAUUUUUGAAUUUGUCACUUUUUACUUCAGUAGUAUAGUCUAAGUGUCAACAUUGAUAAAAAACAUAACUAAAAUAUUUCAUCCAUAAUGUCUGUUUUACAUAUAUAUAUAUAUUAUUUUAAUUCUAUGUCCUGUGAGACCUAAUAAAUUUAC